AUGAGGACCUACGCACGAGCGCUGGUGCUGGUGAUAAGUUUAGUUGUUCUGGUAAGCGUGGCCAGCGGUGAAAGCGGAAAGCACAAGAAGAAAACCCGACGACACGAGGAGGACCGGUCAGAACAGGUUUACUAUGUGGAUCAAAUAGCAUCUGCUUCUGCGAUCUCGCCCUGGACAUCGAACCGCAUUAUCGCCAAAACUACUGAAAAUGGUAAAGAGUCCCAGUACGUGAUCAACGUUUCACCGGACGACGAGGUGAUCAUUCACGACCGCGAGAGCGCAGCAAGCGAUCGCGUCUCCGAUCGCGGCCCAACGGACGCGGAGCAGUCGCCGCAGGACUUUGUGCACGAGGCGCUCCGACUGCGCAAGCAGUACCUGCAGGGUCAGAAGGGCACCACCGUACCGCCUCCGGCGAGCUCGUUCGUCGAGUUCACCACCGUCAAGUACGAUCACUUCGUCGGCCCUAGCAGAGCACCCGAGCGGGAAGAGGUCCAUCACGGGAUCUAUCAGCAUCACUACCACACGAAGCCUGCACCGACGAAACCAUCGACCCCGGAGUAUGUGGUCCCAACGGGUGCCCUACCCCCGCAGGCGCAUCCUACCCAUCGGCCGAAGCACAUGAAGCCGAAGACCACCAAACCUAUGCUCGUCCACACCGUGACUCCGUUCGUGCCGAGCGAUGAGGACCGUUCCGAGGAACCGCAACCAACAACGUACCGACCGAAGGAGAAGCUGCAGGAGUCGCUCGCCAAGACGGUUCUAUCGUCCGCCGCCGGGAAGAAGCCGGUGUCGAUCAAGCAACAGGACACGGCCGCUUCGAGCGUGUACGCUCAGAUUGUUCGUCCGGACGAGUCGGCGUUUGGGAGUAGCUACAGCACCCACCACGAGUCCGGCAACAGCUACCAGGAGUUCCACAAGUUUGGGCCGCCCGCGAAGGACUCGCAGGGCAGUGGCUCGAUACUGACCGUUCACAAGGUGAGACCGCACAAGCACCACGAGGAGGACCGGAGAUCGGAGUACCUGGGGAAGGCACCGAAGGCACCCUCCGAGGAGCUCGGUAGGUACCAGCGCCCGGUGAAGGGCUACGAAUCCCUGGAGGAAUUCAAUCCGGCCUACCAACGACCUAUCCCGGAAGAUCCCAACCCGCACGUGAAGUACGAGAAGGAGGUCGAGGAGAGCUUCCUUAAACAGCAGCACCAGCAUCCGUAUCAGCAGCAGCCGGAGCACCAUCAUUCCCACAGCUACGAGGUACCACCGAGGCCAGCUAAGAAGGAGAGACCACAUACGGCCGUACUGGAAGAACAGCGGUACUAUCCGGCGACGAACUACCAUGCCAUAGAGACGAUCAAGCAGGUCCAAAUGGAACCGGAACCGGUGCCAUCGGAAGAACCGUACCGUUACAAGCCCCUAAAAUCCCAUCACGUCGAUGCCGAGUUUAAGCCUGUGAUCCCGGUCCCGGUGGCCCACAAGGAACCGUACACGUAUCGGCCACCGAAAUCGUACCAUGUGGAUCCUCCAAAGCACACCGUCGAGACUCACGAGAAGCCGGGCGAUGGUAUCCCGGUGGAGUACCUAAAGUUGGCCACGGCCCGCCCAGUCAAGCACGCCAAGUAUGCGGACCUCCCGAAGCCUUCGCCUGCCCCGAGCUACGCAAAAGUGACCAGCUAUCCGACGCCUCUCUCGACCGCCUCGCAGCAGCAGCAGCACGAGAAGCUGACGUACGAUCCGUACAAGUAUCGGCCAAGCCCGACGCCCGAAAUUUCCAGCGCUGGCCAUGGAUUUGCGAAGAUCUCCUCCUCACCGGCUCCUAGCUUCGCCGCAAAGUACCAAGUUCAGGGGAAGGUCCAAAGUGAUCCCAGCCCCGGAACGUACGCCUUCAAGCAGUCGCAUCCCUCCGGUGAGUCUUUCGCGGGAUACAUUCUCUCAUCGACACCGGAAUCGUUUGUGGUAGCCUCGCAGCAGGACUACCCGAAGCAGUUCGGGGUUUCCCCAACACCGUACGGCAAGUACGGCGCGCCCAGUUCCCCGUCCCCGCCCACGGAAACUCUGUUUGAGUUCCCGCACAUGAAGGAGCCCCCGAAGUCGUUCUCGAAGUAUCACGAGCCGAAGGUGUACGCCAACAUCCGACCCUCGGAGCAACCGUUCAAGACGCUCAGCACCACGAUCUUCAUGAAACCGGCGUCUGCGGAAGUGAGCUACCCGCCACCUCCUCCUGGUGCCACCAAGCCGAUGCAGAAUCGUACCACGUCGAUCGGGUUCAACGCGCCACCGGCCAGCGAACCGCCCAAAACCGAGUACUUCACCGACCCGGACGUGACCACCUACUAUGUGCUCGCGAACGGCACCGAGAUCAAGCUGGGUGACGAUCCGUCCAAGAUUCCGCAAGAGUUCCGCAUCACCGCCGGUGAUUCGUCGUUCCUGAGCAGCAACUACUCGACGAAGCUGGCCGAGGACUUUGCGAUGAAGUACAACUGGGACAGUCUGCACGCGGUGGCCGAUGGCGAGUUCUACCUGGGAUCGGCGUCCGACGCGACCCUGAAAGCCCUGAGCUCCACGGCGAAGCUUCACGAGCCGAUCGAGUACAUCGUGCGGGACAAGAAGAAACCGAAGCCACCGGCUUCGGUCGUCUUCAGUAAGGUGCCGCACAAGGUACCGAUCAAGACCGUUACGAUCUACAAGUCGACCCACCGGUCAUCGUCGGAUGACAUGGAGGGCGGCUUUGAGCCGAUGGUCGGGGUGCGGGCCGCGCCACCCGCGAUGGACAAGAAGAGCGAGCUGCCGGGCGGGGACGACGAGUUCUACUACACCAACGAGGGAGCUGACGGUGGGGAAGAUCCGUCGAAGGCCUCGAAGAAGACGGCGGUCUUUAUGCCUGGCCGCGUGCCCGGACCGGGAAUGCUGUUCAAGCAGCAGAACCAGCAGCAGCAGCAGCAGCAGGUGGGCCAACCCGCUCCGGAUAUGGACAUGGCUGCGGAGGCCUCGAAGAAGCACCAAUACUUUGUGCUGUACCAUAUCGAGGAUAAGGAAAAGAAACCCCAAGUUCAGCCGGCGCCCGUUCCGGUGCAACAGCCGCAGAAGCAGGAGAUACACUACCACUACAGCGAGAAGGAAUCGGAAGAACCGGAGGUAACCCACGAACACUACAACUACCACCACGAGGAGACGAUCGAGGAUUCGGACGACGAUAUCCAGCAUCACUACGUCAACCCGAACUACGGGAAGUUCAACUAUCGGCCCAACCCGGCCCACCCGUCGUACCAGAGGCCCCUGCGGGACAGUAUGGCGGCCGGAAGCGAAACCACGCUGAAGGUGGUGGACCCGGAGGCGAAAAGUGGUCGCCCACUCGAGAUCACCAAGCAGGACUACAUGCGCCAUGUGCAGAGUGCCGUGCUGCGCUAUAUGCGCCAGCUGCAGGACGAAGGCCGCCUACCGGUGAUCGCUUCGCGGGACUCGGACGACACCCAGAAGGCGUUCGAAGAGAUCGACCUGGCCGCGCUGCUCGGUGGCACGAAGCACAAGUUUCAGCUGAAUGGUCCGAUCCGGACGAACGUGCCGUCAUCGCCGAGUCACUACAAACCGAUGAAAUCGGUGCCCAGCUCGACGACCUACAAACCGACGACGGCCGCCUCGUCUCAGAACUCCGUGAAGUUCCUCGGGAAGAACACGUACACCGCCGGCAAACCGCUGAAGGUGGCCAUCGAGAGCCUCCAGGACACGCUGAGCAGCAACGUCGAUCUGACGGUGAAGGGCAACAAACCGCCGGUGAAGCCGGACCUAUCGGCGAUCGAUGUGGGACAAUCGUACCUACACGGACCGACGUUCGAGCACGGUCCGGGGCCGCUGAAGACUGGCUACGAAGGGCCAGUGACCAGCGAGCGUCUGCCACCGGCCAAGAACAAGUUGCACUUCAACCAGCAGACCCACCACGACAUCAACUCCAUGCUGAACGGGAAGGACAACUCGGUGGUACAGGGCCGGCUGAAGGGAUCGUACCUCGAUCACACCGGGAACCCGGGGUUCGGCUCGAUCAAGGGCGGAUCGGCGAACGUGGGCGCUUCGAUUAGCUUCGGUGGGCACGGUGCCAACGGUGGACUGCCAGUCAAGGGGAUCCAGGUGAACGAGGACGACAACAGGAUUGCACCGGAAGCGCUCGACGCACCGAUCCAGAUCAUCAACGGAAUCCCGAUCACGAACCCGUACAACAUUGACAUCAACACUCUCAGGUACAUGUUGGGGGGCCUUGCGCAGGCUCAAGCGGAACAGCACCAGCAUCCGCACCCGCAGAAGGAGCCAUCGUUGAAGCUGAAGGGCUCGAACUGGAUGUCGCUGCCGACGGUGGCCAGUCCGUCGCAGGUGUUCUCGUCACACAUACCCACCUACCAGCACCCGCCGUCGGAGGUCAACAACUACAAGUACAACGCCAACUUCGAUGCGAGUAAUUUCAAGAUUAAGUUUCCGAAAAAUCUCAAACUGAAGCCAGGAAAUGGGCCCACAGCCCAAUCCUCGUCGGUGGGCGGUGGUGGGCUGGAUGCCGUCGCCAGUGGGUCAUCGAACUAUGCUAGCUGGGGUGAGCCACCGACCAGGCAGGCCAACCACCAGCAGCACCACCAGCACCAGAACGUUAACCAUUACCAGACGGCGGCCAACGGGAACAACAACAAUCAACUCCAUGGGCUACUUCCGCAGCAGAACCUGAACGUGGGCUUCGGGAGUGGCCGCCCAGUUAAUUUCCCCAGUCAGAAGCAGCUCCAACAACUGGUGCAGCAACAGUUCCAGCAGCAGCAACAGCAACAGCAACAGCAACAGCAACAGCAACAACAGCAGCAACAGCAGCAACAGCAGUUCCUUCGUCCCAACCGAGAGUUCAACCCGGAACAGUACCUCAACCCGAACGGCCAACUGUUCCAGGGCCUGCUGAGGCAGAAUGCGGUCAUGAGCAAAAAGGCGGCCACGACCGAUCUGCGGAAG